AUGCCUAUCGAUAAAAGUAGGAUUGAUUCCCCACGUCAUUCACCUCACUACAAGCAAGGACUCAAGUCAUUUAUCGAGAUGUGUGAAAAAGUGAUAAAAAACCACGAUGAAGUUAGAUGUCCGUGUACCAAAUGUAAAAAUUCCGGCUUAAAAACUAUGGCAGAAAUGAAAUACCAUUUGGUAAUUAACAGUUUUUGGAAGGAAUACACGAAGUGGACCUAUCACGGGGACACGACCCCAAUUGCAGAAGUAAACGAUGUUGCGCCACAAGACGGUAUGGUAAACGUUAUUGAAGACAUUAGGGGGGAGCGUAUGGAAGAAGAUACAUACCUUAACCAAGAGAACUCGAAUGGAGAUAGUAGCGGUGUUGUUGAUGAUUUUGAAGACCUGGUAAAGGAAGUUGAAACAGAAUUAUAUCCUGGUUGUACCAAGUUUUCUUCUAUCGACUUUUUAGCAAAGCUUUUGAAUAUAAAGGAUACGUACCAUUUGCAAAAUGAAGCAGUAGAUCGACUCCUCUCGUUGUUGCGAGAGUUAAUGCCAGAAGGCAACAAGAUUCCCCAUUCGUAUUAUGUAGCUAAGAAGACAUUUAAGAAGAUUGGUUUGGCAUAUGAGAUGAUAGAUGUGUGCACAAAUGAUUGUGCUCUCUUUUGGAAAGAAAACGAGUCCUUGCAAAAUUGUCCCGUUUGUAAUGAGAGUCGAUGGGUCGAUAAAGACACAAAACGCACGAAGGUGGCUCGUAAGGUGUUACGAUACUUUCCUUUAACACCUAGACUACGACGUUUGUAUUGUUCAAGGCACACAACGAAAGAUAUGAUAUGGCAUAGUACCGGACGAUCGGAAGAUGGGGCUAUGCGUCAUCCAGUUGAUGGAUCUGCAUGGCAAGACUUUGAUAAAAGUACCCAAACUUCGCGAUGGAGCCACGAAAUGUUCGCUUAG